CCGGAGCCGGAGCCGGAGCCGCCGCAGGAGCCCCGGCUGCGGCGGCCCGCAUCGGGGUGGUGGAUGCGGAUGAGGAGAUCGCGGCGGCUUUGGCGGCCGGGGAGGUGGAUGCGGAGGUGGAUGCGGAGGUGGGCGGGGGCGCGGAGGGGAACCCAGACUUUCCCAUGGCCUCGCUGUACGUGGGCGACCUGCACCCUGAGGUGACGGAGGCGAUGCUGUACGAGAAGUUCAGCCCCGCGGGGCCCAUCCUGUCCAUCCGCAUCUGCAGGGACAAGAUCACCCACCGCUCCUUGGGCUACGCUUAUGUCAACUACCAGCAACCGGUGGACGCCAAGCGGGCCCUGGAGACGCUGAACUUUGACGAGAUCAAAGGCAGGCCCGUGCGCAUCAUGUGGUCCCAGAGGGACCCCUCGCUCCGCAAGAGCGGGGUGGGCAACGUGUUCAUCAAGAACCUGGGCAAGACUAUCGACAACAAGGCUCUGUACAACAUCUUCUCGGUGUUCGGCAACAUCCUGUCCUGCAAAGUGGCCUGCGACGAGAAGGGGCCCAAGGGCUACGGGUUUGUGCAUUUCCAGAAGCAGGAGUCCGCGGAGCGGGCCAUAGAUGCCAUGAAUGGCAUGUUCCUCAACUACCGCAAAAUUUUCGUCGGGAGAUUCAAGUCGCAUAAAGAGAGAGAGGCCGAAAGGGGGGCCUGGGCCAGGCAGUCCACCAGUGCUGACUGCAAGGAAUUUGACGACGACACCGACGAGGAGGCCACCUUCCGAUGAAGACGUCCCUGGAGCAAGCCAGCAGAGCCAGAUCUUGGCUCCUAUCCGGUUUACAACUCCCCCCACCCCAACCCACCAGCAGUGUAUUGUACUGGGAGUGCAGGUCUCUCUCUUUCCCUCCCCAUCCCUGGCCCUGGCCCUGGCCCUCUCCCCCUCCCCCUCCCCCUCUUCC